AACCACGACUCCACGAGCCACCCCCGUGUGCCACCUCCGUGUGCCAAGUGCUUCGAGAAGCCGUCCCCCAAAUCCGCCUACGCUUCCCCCUCCUCCUCCACGAGGUGAGGAAACCCUAGCGACCGACCAUGGCGCUGCUCCCGCGCACGGCGCGGCUCGCGCUCCUCUCCACCCCGCGGGCGUACUCCGCCGCCGCCGAGGCGGGCGCCUCGAAGACGUCCCCGGCGCCGUACGGGGGCGCCCCCCCGCCGGCGAUGUCGAAGACGGCCGAGUUCGUGGUCUCCAAGGUGGACAGCCUGAUGAACUGGGCGCGCAAGGGCUCGAUCUGGCCCAUGACCUUCGGGCUCGCCUGCUGCGCCGUGGAGAUGAUGCACGCCGGCGCGGCCCGCUACGACUUCGACCGGUUCGGCGUCAUCUUCCGCCCCUCGCCGCGCCAGUCUGAUUGCAUGAUCGUCGCCGGAACACUCACCAACAAGAUGGCGCCAGCCCUCCGCAAGGUUUAUGACCAAAUGCCUGAACCUCGAUGGGUUAUCUCGAUGGGCAGCUGUGCUAAUGGUGGUGGAUACUACCACUAUUCCUACUCUGUUGUCCGCGGAUGCGACCGUAUUGUUCCCGUUGACAUCUACGUCCCUGGAUGCCCACCAACCGCCGAGGCACUACUGUACGGUGUCCUCCAGCUCCAAAAGAAGAUCAACAGGCGCAAGGAUUUCCUUCACUGGUGGACCAAGUGAAGCAAUUGUCUGUUCUUGUUGUUGCUCCCGUGCUAUAUUUCUUCGCAUUUGACCUACUCGUCAUCUGAAAUAAGGACAGCCUCGGUGCUUGGAUUUGCGAAUUUGUUGUUGUACCUGGAAGGAUGCAUGCCCAGGUUGUUUGAUAAGCAUGGAACUCAUGUACUUAAAAUCAGUUCAACAGUAGUGGACAGACCAGCUGUGAAUCUGUAUUUUUUCUUUCCACUGUAAUGCGGGAGUACGCCGUGUCUUGUUUGUGAAUGGCAGAAUGGGUUUAUCUUC